UUAUGCUGAACAAUACGCCUGUCAAACCCAGGUUCACCUGGAAACCCAUGAUGGAGAGCGGCUGCGCUCAGAGCCGCUGGCUGUAGCUGCGCUGCUGACAAACACAGAAAGAUGAUGAAGGAAAAGAGGAGGAAGGUGAUGGAAACGGAAGCAAGUUCUUUUGACUCUCCUCUUUUCCACUGAACUCGUGUGCUUUUGGAAUUGAGCCAAAAAACCCGAUGGAUAAUAAACAGAGUGAGAAGACGAGAAGUGGAUACUUCGGCAAUGUCAAGAACAGGUUGGGCACCAGGCUGCCGUCGGGCUUCACACAGCCUCCGGGGUUCGUCACAAGGCCGUGGGACUCCUCCGUUAGUGCCACCACAGGCCAAGAUGUUACGACCACGGGGCGCCAUCACAUCCGCAACCCCAAACUGAGACAGUAUUACCUCAAAGAGGCUGCUUUUCCAUCGGACGUGUCAACCACAAAGAUGCUACAGUCAGUAGCAGAAUCAAGCAGGAGACAUGAGCAAGCAGUUCAUCACGAGGACACAGUGUUGAGUGUAGCCUCUCAGUUUAGUGGCAGAUCAGCAGAUACGACUUUAAUCACACAGAAACUCUCGGCGAUGCUCCCUGACCUUUCUGAGCCCAAACUGGGCGCUACAACCCCAACGACCCCUGUGUCCCCAUCCACAGACGCUGAAUAUGACAAGCUGCUGGACGUGGAGGCGGUGCCGUUGCCUGACGGACAGCUCUGCUUAUUGGCUCUGCCGUCCGAGUGCACGCAGGGGGCGGAGCCAGCAGGCCUACCAUGUCUCAGGCUAUUCUGUCGCUUCAUCACUGACCGGAAAGGCGUGGUUUCUGGCAUUCUCCUUGUAGCAGCCAAUAAGAUCUUCUUUGACCCGUAUAAGUCCCUCCCCGUGGUGCAGGAGAACGGUUGUGAGGAGUAUCUCUUCUCCUGUCCGUUGGACAGCCUGUUGUCCGUCACCUUCUUCUCCGACAUCUCUCGCGUUCACUUUAGCAGGUCCACACAGAGGUGGAAACGUCGCAAAAAAGCGUCAAAGGAUAAAACUUUGAAAGACACAAUCGUGCACAUCUCCGUACCGGAAACCAAGAUGGACGCCACGUCUACAUUGGUACCUCCUUUGACGUGCGACAUGCAGGUGGAAACGAAGGCGGCUGGCAGAGUGGAAGACGAUGCCGGGGAGAGCAGGGACAUGGCCGAGGUUGAGCAACAGCUGGCACAGCUGGCACUUGAGUUUAACACUGGGCAACAGCUGUGUUCGGAAAAGCAGCUCUCAGGACACAGCAGGAGCAGCUUGAUGUUUGUGAGGAUGCGUCAGAAGCCCCAGCAGGUGAAGAAGAAGGGUUUCGGGGUGCUGGAGCUCGGAAAAGCUAAAACGGUGCCAAGCAGAGACGCCUGGUUCAUCCUGCAAAGAGAGAGUUCAGACGAGCUGUACGCGUACCUGACUCAACACUGGCCUGACCUGUGCAUCCUGGAAGGCGGCGGCGAGGAAGAGGAGGCAGAGCGCGAUGAAGACGACUUUGUGAUCCUCAGCGAAGGAGAAGACGAAGGAGAGGAAUCCAACAGGGACGGACGCACCGGAGACGAGUGGGAGAUGGUGUGUGUAGAGGAGAGCAGGGUGAAGGAGCCUCUCGCUGUCGACAGAGAGCCUGACGGACUGAGUGACAUUGUGAAGCAGAGCCUCAUACUGAACACACAGCACGUCCGAGAGCUGUCGAGCGAGCUGCCUCCUUGGACCGCGGUUCACUCGUGGAGAUUAGCCUACAGCACGAGCAAACAUGGUGCCAGUCUCAAAACACUCUACAGGAAGCUGAGCGCCUCCGACUCGCCCGUCCUCCUCCUCAUCCGAGACGACAACGAGCAGGUGUUUGGCGGUUUCCUGUCUCACCCUUUGCACCCAAGCGACACGUUUUACGGUACAGGACAGACCUUCCUCUUCCUCCUUCACCCUCGAUUUAAGUGCUUCCACUGGACAGGUGAAAACUCCUUCUUCAUUAAAGGGGACCUCGACUCCUUUGCCAUCGGAGGUGGAAGUGGACACUUUGGCCUGUGGCUAGACGAGGCUCUGUACGUUGGCAGGAGCAGCCCGUGUUACACCUUUAACAACUGCAGCCUCUCUGAGAAGAGCGACUUCCGGGUGCUGGAGCUCGAGGCCUGGACCUUCUGGUGAUCUCACAGUGAAAAGGCAAGUUUGGUGGUGGUGGAGCGAGAACGAGGAUCAAGACUAUUCCCGACAUCUUUAAGACCUACCUGUCGGCGUUUUGUGUGAAGGAAAAGCCCUAUUAGAUUUACACGGGUUACUGACGCACAUGACCUCGAUGAGAGAGAAAUUUGACUGCUUUUCCUCACCUUCACAGCUCAGAUAUGAUACGAGCGCUAACGUCCCUGUGAACUAGCUUCUUAGCCGCGAAUCAGUUCACGUUGUCUUUUCCUUCUAAAACAGGAAGUGAUGUGCUGGAGAUAAGCCACACCUCCCGGUCAGUUUACUGAGCGAGCCAGUUCAAUCGCAGUCCUCGAGGGUUUUUUUUUUUGGUCACUUCUUCUUUUUAUAUGGUAUUGCGAACACCAAGCGACGGGGACAAACGCCUCCGAAGGAUGAGUUUUGAUUCCGCUUUAAGGUUUGUCUCUGUUCGGAGCCCAGAUGAUGGAACGAAUUUGAUCAAGCUGCCUUUAAAUGAAGACUGAAGCCCCUGUGAGGACUUGAACAUGCUCUAAACCUGCACUGAUGAUGAUAAAUGAAGCAGAAUACAUGACACACACACAUGCACCUCGGUUACAGGAUUUUGUCUGUAUUAGUGAGUUUUUUUUUUUUUUUAAUUCACUAACUGCUUAAAUAACUUGCAUUAAAUACUGAAAAGCACUCUUUACAAUACCCAAGGGGUAAAACCUGAAGGUGUGAACAUGAUAAAUAGGAAUAUUUAUUAGUUUUAGGGAUAAAUUGAUUUGGAUUUGCACCGAAUUGGUUUUCCUCCCAAGGACAAGCCAUCAUCGCGGCUCUAACGCACGGAGACGGUCUGUUACCAAGUUCCACGAGCUGCAUUUAUUUAAAGGAAGAAGUGGAAGGUUUGAAAUCAAACCUGUGUUUAAAAAGGGAAUUGUUAAUAAGUGGAAUCACGACUACAACUUUAACAUCACUGUAACUAUUCUAUACAAAUAAACAAUAAAUGUGAACCUUCCUAAGAGAA